AUGGAUAACAAAGAAGCAGCUUAUCACAGAAAGGAGCAUAUUCUCAACGAAUCUUCCUCGAGACUAAACAACUUAUUGAAGGGAGACCACGAAGAUUUUAGCGAGGACGAUGAAUCCAAGGAUAUUCCAGUCAAGUUGGAUGAGGGUGAACAUCCUAGUCAACAUAAAGUACCUUCCAACGAACACCAGUCCCACGCGCCAGAGGAUUCGGAGGAAGUUGUGGAGGAGGGAGACCCAAGUAAGGUCAGGCUUCAGGGAUAUGUAGAGGUACAUCUCUAUCUAUUUUCACUAUUGUUCGGUGCAUUUUUGUGCUACUAUAGACAUCACGAAGGCUCCUAUCAUUACUACCCAAGGUUCCUACACAACUUCUUCCAGUUGCUAAAAAGGAGGGGGGUUCACAGGCUUUCUGACCAUUUUUUUAACAUUUGGCUUCGUAUUCCAGGUGAAGAUAAGAAGAAGUUGAUAAAAUACAUGAGUUACGCCACAGUAGGUGUUAGUUUAUACCCUGUGUUCACGGCACCUAAGAAACCUAAGAAUCCUGAGACUCCAGAGCAGACCAGGGCUAGAGAAGCCAAGGAAAAACUGAAUAAGCAAUUUAUACAUUACAGCACGUCGGUUUUGAGGGUGGUCGCGGCCUCACUCCUCUGUGGACUGGUGGGUUACGACUUGUCAUACAACCUGGACUUUAUAAAAAACUUUUUGAGUAAAAGAUAA